UCACGUCCGACUUCCUCCCCUCUUUUGCACGAACCCUAGAAUUUUUCAAUCCCCUCUUCUUCUUCUUCUUCUCCCUCUCUUUCUCUCUCCGCUAGGGUUUUCUGCUCCCACUCUCUCCCGCCUUUUCUAUCUCCUCCUCCGCCACACUCGGUUGCGCUCUCCCUAUCUCCCUGAGCUUUGAUGGACUUCGGCGGCGGUCGCAAGCGAGGAAGGCCCGAAGCGGCGUCGUUUAACGGCAAUGGCGGCUUCAAGAAAUCCAAGCCAGAAAUGGAGUCCUUUUCAACUGGUAUAGGAAGCAAAUCGAAGCCAUGCACAAAGUUUUUCAGCACUUCUGGUUGCCCUUUUGGAGAGGGAUGUCACUUCUUGCAUUAUGUUCCUGGUGGCGUCAAAGCUGUUUCUCAGAUGACUGGUAGUAACCCAACUCAUCCACCUCCUCCCAGACAUUCAGCAGCCCCUCCAUCAUUUCCAGAUGGUUCUUCUCCUCCAGCUGUCAAGACACGGUUAUGCAACAAAUACAACACAGCUGAAGGUUGCAAGUUUGGAGAUAAGUGUCAUUUUGCCCACGGUGAAUAUGAACUUGGGAGGCCCACUGCUCAAUCUUAUGAUGAUCCUCGUGGUGGGGGAGCAAUGCAUGGAAGGAUGGGAGGUCGGAAUGAGCCUCCCCCACCAAGUCAUGGAGCAGGUAGAUUUGGGGCCAUUGCCAAUGCUAAGAUUAGUGUAGAUGCUUCACUUGCUGGAGCCAUAAUUGGAAAAAAUGGUCUGAACUCAAAGCAAAUUUGUCGUGUGACUGGAGCAAAGCUUUCUAUUAGAGAGCACGAGUCAGAUCCGAAGCUGAGGAACAUUGAGCUUGAGGGCACUUUUGAUCAGAUUAAAGAUGCCAGUGCCAUGGUUCAAGAUAUUAUUUUGAAUGUGAGCUCAGCUGCUGGGCCGCCGCACAUGAGGAAUCCUGCUAUGGGGGCUUCUAUAGGAAGUAGUAACUUCAAGACUAAGCUUUGCGAGAACUUUACCAAAGGUCAAUGCACAUUCGGUGACAGGUGCCACUUUGCACAUGGAGCUGAAGAGUUGCGCCGGGGAGGGAUGUGAUUUCUUUCUGUACUGCUCAUCUUGUUCUCUUACCAAUUUCUUGUAGGAUACACUUCUUACAGCAUAAUUUGUGUUCUUGGAUUUUUUUUAAGAGUGCAGUUUCCUUAGUUUCCAGGGGUUAAUAUUCGGGAAUUUUAGUAGUUUGCCAUAUCUGCUCCUACUCUCCCACUUGUCUUUCCGAAGCAUUCUGAGGUUUCUUGGUUGAACAAUGUGGUGGAACUACAGGUUGUCUUGCUGCCCGCAGCAUGUUUAGUGUUGAAUGCUGUUGGCUGCAUCAAGAUUUUAAUUUUGUUUUUGAUCAAAAUGAAGAAGAUAAAAGAUAUGGUCAGGGCUUUCGUUCAAGCUUUUUCAUUCUGAUAGCAUUAUGCAAAUAUUAGAUUGGAAUGAACGUACCCGAGUGGUACUCCUUUCUUGUGGAAGUUUUGAUGUUGAAAUGGUCGAAAUCGUUGUGGAUUUAUGUG